CUCCUUUUUGGGAUAGCUCAAUUUUUUGUAGGAAUUAUGGCAAAUGGAAUCAUUGUAAUGGUGAGUGGCUUUGAGUUUAUCAAGAGGAAAAGGGCCUCUGCAUACGACCUCCUUCUGACCAGUCUCGGAUUCUUCAGGAUUUUUUUGCAAGCAUUAAUAUUUGUGAGUAAUCUGAUAUUUUUCUUCACUCUACAGAUAUUUAUAGGCCAAGAAUCAUUUUUAUUUUUCUUUUUCAUAAAUGAAGUCAACCUUUGGCUGGCUACUUACCUUUCUGUCUUCUACUGUUUGAAGAUUGCCAACAUCGUCCACCCUUUCUUCCUCUGGUUGAAGACGAGGCUCUCUAGGCUUGUGCCAUUGUGGAUUAUGUUGUCACUGCUGUUUUCAUUUGCCAUCUCUGUAGGCCAUGAUCUACUCUACUGGCCAACGGCCAAACAGGAGCUGAAAAGAUUUGGGGCAGGAAAUACUACUGUCAAUAGUAUUUUCCUGUAUCUGUUUCCAGCUCCAGUUCUUGUUCUGGGGUUGAUAGUGCCAUUUUGCAUGUUCAGUGCUGCAUCAUUGCUAUUGCUCUAUUCUCUCUGUAGACACACCAGACAGAUGAGAGGUAUGGCAACUGGCUUCAGAGACCCAAGCACCAAAGCUCAUAUUUGGGCCAUAAUAUCAAUAUUCUCCUUUCUUGUCCUCUAUAUCACCUAUUAUGUUGGGGUAAUGAUAUUACUUUUUGGACCGUCUUCCCAAACACUUGUGUUAUUUUUUUAUUUCUCAUUGGCUGCUUUAUACCCCUCUGCACAUUCCAUCAUCUUAAUUCUAGGAAAUUCAAAGCUGAAGCAUUAUAUAAGAAAGUUUCUGCUCUCUUCCAAGUGCUGUCUAAGAAGAGGUUCAUCGCUAGACUCUACACAAACCCAAUAA